CAUCUGCGGCGCGCUCCUGACUGGUUUUUACAGAAUGGAGCUGGGAGGAAUCAGUGUCAGAGUUGUUACGAAGCUAAGAAGUCGGCAUCGCCGGUGAAAACCGUUCAAUUCUGAAAACCGACCAAUUGAAAUCACAAUAUUGCAUGUGCCGAUCAAUUGUAGCAGUUUUCCCGUUGGAUACAGAGGAAAACAUUCUGGAUUUGUGAUAGUGAUUUUAACCAUCAGGGUUUUCCUGACAGACUGAGGGCCGUGAGCUUGGCUGCCCAGCUAAACUACACCAAAGAUGGAGCAGCUGUCAGAUGAAGACCUGGACCACACAGAUGGAGGAGAGGAGGACAGUGAUAAAGAAGAUCAGGAUCUAGACAAGAUGUUUGGAGCCUGGCUGGGAGAGCUGGAUAAACUCACACAGAGUCUGGAUGAUGGGAGACCAGAGACAGUCCAGAAGGCCCCUCAGAAAGCCCCUCUCAGACAGGAGACCAACAUGGCUAACUUCUGCAACCGCUUCUCCAUGUACAACAUCAACGAGGCUUUGAACAAGGGUGGAGAAGGUGUAGACCUGGAUUCCCUGAUGGCAGACCUGUGUUCCAUAGAGCAGGAGCUCAGCACCAUCGGCAAGCCCAAUAGUGGCAAGAACAGGCUGGGUGUGCCAGGUGAUGCCAAGCUGCGCCAGAAACCCCCCGCGGGCCGUGGCACCAAGGGGCAUGGUGGAGCGGGGGGCAGUGGAGGAGGCACCUCCAGCAGUGGGGGCAGUGGAGGAGGCACCUCCAGCAGUGGGGGCAGUGGAGGAGGCACCUCCAGCAGUGGGGGCAGUGCCUCUAGUAGUACCCGGGCCUCGCCAGCCUCCACGGUGGCAGCUCGCCGUCCCUUGGCCUCCAACCUGGAUGACAUCACGGCCCAGCUGGAGCAGGCGUCUCUCAGUAUGGACGAGGCUGGCAGACAGAGCUCCCACUCCCUGGCUAGUGGCUCCACCUCCUCCUCCUCCACCAUGCGGAGGCCCGCCUCCCAUCACCACACCCACCGUAGGACAGGCUCCGUGGGGACGGUCAGCGAACACGCGGUCCGCUCCAUCUCCCAGUCCUCGUGGUCGUCGGUGAACUCUGCGUCGGCCAGCAGCAUGGAUUCCCUGGAUAGUUAUCUCCGGCCCUCGGAGCAGGACGGGGCAACGCCCACACCACAGGGGUCCAAUCAGGGCCCCCCGGGCAGUACAGAGCACUCCUAUCUGGACUGGGAAACCUCUCUGAUUCUGCAAAAUAUAGCAGGGAAGCCCUCUCACUUGCUGACCAAGGAGGAGCAGGUUGCCAAGAAGAAGGCAGAGAAGAUCCGUGUGGCUUUGGAGAAGAUCAAAGAGGCCCAGGUUAAAAAGCUGGUGAUCAGAGUGCACCUGUCAGAUGAGAGCUCUAAAACCAUGAUGGUGGACGAGAGACAGACUGUCAGACAGGUUCUGGACAGCUUGUUGGACAAAUCCCACUGUGGCUACAGUCCUGACUGGUCCCUGGUCGAGACCAUCAACGAACUACAGAUGGAACGUAUCUUUGAGGACCAUGAGAACCUGGUGGACAGCCUUCUGAACUGGACCAGAGACAGCCAGAACAGACUUAUGUUCAUAGAACGCAUAGAGAAGUACGCCCUCUUCAAGAACCCACAGAACUAUUUGUUGGGGCGGAAGGAGACGUGUGAGAUGGCAGACCGGAACAAGGAGGCUCUACUGGAGGAGUGUUUUUGUGGCAGCUCCGUCUCUGUACCUGAGAUGGAGGGAGUACUCUGGCUGAAGGAGGAUGGGAAGAAGAGCUGGAAGAAGAGAUACUUCCUGCUCAGAGCCUCUGGGAUCUACUAUGUACCUAAAGGAAAAGCCAAGGCUUCCAGAGAUCUGGUGUGUUUCCUGCAGCUGGAUCAUGUUAAUGUGUACUACGGACAGGACUACCGCAGCAAGUACAAGGCCCCCACAGACUACUGCCUGGCCCUCAAGCAUCCUCAGAUCCAGAAGAAAUCCCAGUACAUCAAGUACCUGUGUUGUGAUGAUGUCAGAACCCUACACCAGUGGAUCAAUGGGAUACGCAUCGCCAAGUAUGGGAAGACCCUGUAUGUGAACUACCAGGAGGCUAUGAAGAGGACUGAGGCAGCCUACGACUGGUCUUCUCUCUCUAGCUCCUCUAUCAAGUCUGGAUCCAGCUCCUCCAGUCUGCCUGAGUCCCAGUCGACCCACUGCAGUAGUGAUAGUGGUGUUGCUGUGUCAGAGAACAACCUGUCAGGCCACAGCCGCUCUCAGAGCCAGGUCAGCUCCAUCUUCUCCGAGGCCUGGAAGAGAGGCACCCAGGAUGAGUUGAGGAUGGAGUCAGUGAGCAGACCUUACCCUCUGACGCUGCCCCCCAUGCACCAGUCAGUCCCCCCAUCCCGAACCAGCUACACCAGUGUCUCCCCUGAAUCCUCGCCCUCUGCCCCCGACCCUCCCCCUCCUCCUCCUCCACCUCCCCCUCUCCCCAACCCCCCUCACCAGGCCGCCCCCACCCUGUUCGUUAAGUACAGCACCAUUGCCCGCCUGCAGGGUGGCGCCAACCAGACUGCCAAUCAUUACAAUGUCCAACCAAUGGGGCAGCAGCAAGGCCCUCCAGCCCCCCCCCUCCAGUCUGUCAAACCCAACUACAACACCAUGCCAAUGGCUCCCUCUCACCACAACCCUCCCCCUCCUCCUCCCCCCUGCUCCAUGCAUUCUCCAGGCUCUGCCAUGGCCUCUCUGAGACUUGGCCCCCCCAGCCCUGUUCCUCAGUUCAUCCCCCCUCCUCCCCCCCAGGCCCAAACCCUGCCCCCCCCUCCUCCCCCAGAAGAGGACCACCAGUGCCCCCCUCUCAGUAAUACCGGGCUGCAGCAGUUCCUGGCCCAAAAGUUCCCCAAUAUGAACUACGACUUCUCCGACCUGGAUGGCCAACCUGUGUCCCCUCCUCCUCCUGCCCUCUCCCCCCCCAUGUCACCCCCUGCACCUCCCAGAACCUUCUCUGGUGUUUUCCCGCCCCAGACUGCUCCUAAGACCUUUGGUCCAGGGAUCCCCCUGUCCCCAGUCUCACCCUCCCCUCCUUCUGGUCCAAUGAAAAAGCAGCAGAGCUUCUCGACAGGUCAUUCACCCAAUCAGCCGCCUCCCACCAUGCCCAAACAGCACAGCUUCUCCUCUAAGACCCUCCCCCUGUCCGCCCCAAUCUCUCCGACCCCCUCCCUGGUCAAACAGAUAGUCAACCAGUUCCCCGGAGCACCCCUGCCCCCCCAGUCCCCCCCGGCCGUCAAGACCAAACCAAGAUGGCAGCCAGGGGGUCAGAUCCCCCCCCAGUCCCCAGAGUUCCCCCCUCCUCCCCCUGAGGACAGCCUGGACUUCCCCCCUCCUCCCCACUCCAUCCCCACCCCCGCUCCUCCCCCUCUCUCCCCUGCCAAGAUGGGCUCUCCUAUUAAGAAGUCUCCCUCCUCCACCUCAACCAGCUCCUUCGGGAAGAGGGGCCCUCCUCCCACCCCCCAGCGCGCCUCCUCCAUCAAGUCUAACUCCUCAGGGGAGUACCAGGAAGAGGCCCAGGUCCAGAGGCAGCCUAAGAAGGUGGAGUCUCUGGUCAGUAAGUUUGCCCAGCCUGGCCUCGGCUCCUGCAACUCCUCUGCUGCCUCCUCCUCUGGAUCUCCUGCUAAGGACUUGGGGCCUCCUGCUCCUCCUAAACCAGGCAAGCUGAACCUGUCAGCUCUCCCUCUAGUCCUCCAGGGUCUACAGACAGGGCAGCACUGCCAGCCCAGUGGAGACUUCCCCUCUCCUCCUUCAGAGCUCGAUUACUUCCCCCCACCUCCUCCCGACUCUGAGCUGCUCCCACCGCCCCCCCUCCUCUCUGAGCUCCACCCGGGGGCCCCCAGGGUCGCAGUCGUCAACCCCCAACCGCAGGCCACGCCCAUCUCCCACCCCGUCAGCCAAUCAUCAUGGAAGACCCAGUCACUCAAGAAGACUCCGCCUCCGACACUGCACAGGCUGUCCCGGAGCAACACGGUCCAAGACCCCUUACCCCUGUCCCCCCCGCCUUUUGCCUGUCCCCUGCCCCCCACCUCCCCCGGGGUACCUAAGGGGGGCGGUACCCUCUCCUCGGUCCAACCCAACUUCCUGGAGGACCUGAACCGGACCUUGAAGAGGAAGUCCAUCACGCGUCACGGCUCCCUCACGCGGCACGGCUCCUCCCGGCUGGAGCCCGUCUCCAUGGACGACAUGGCCCUCCCCCCUCCUCCCCCAGAGCUGCUGCUGGACCAGCAGAGGGGUGGACAGGGCGGGGGCCACGGGUACAUGUCCUCAGGCUAUGCAACGUUACGGCGGGGGCCGCGCCCUGCCCCGCCCAAACGGGACCAAAACACCAAACUGACGGGAGAGUGGUAGCUAGGAGGUAGCAGGGGAAAGAUGAGGACUAGGGCUGAGCUACCCAGGCUAUAGACCCAAUCAGGCUACAGACUGACUACAGCCUAUAGACCCAAUCAGACUACAGACUACAGACUGACUACAGCCUAUAGACCCAAUCAGGCUACAGACCGACUACAGGCUAUAGACCCAUCAAGGCUACAGACUACAGACUGACUACAGGCCCUAUCAGGCUACAGGCAACAGACUGACUACAGCCUAUAGACCCAAUCAGGCUACAGAUUGACUACAGACCCAAUCAGACUACAGCCUAUAGACCCAAUCAGGCUACAGACUGACUACAGGCUAUAAACCCAAUCAGGCUACAGACUGACUACAGCCUAAAGACCCAUCAAGGCUACAUGCUACAGACUGACUACAGGCUAUAGACCCAAUCAGGCUACAGAGUACAGACUGACUACAGGCUAUAGACCCAAUCAGGCUACAGACUGACUACAGGCUAUAGACCCAUCAAGGCUACAUGCUACAGACUGACUACAGGCUAUAGACCCAAUCAGGCUACAGAGUACAGACUGACUACAGGCUAUAGACCCAAUCAGGCUACAGACUGACUACAGGCUAUAGACCCAAUCAGGCUACAGACUGACUACAGGCUAUAGACCCAUCAAGGCUACAUGCUACAGACUGACUACAGGCUAUAGACCCAAUCAGGCUACAGAGUACAGACUGACUACAGGCUAUAGACCCAAUCAGGCUACAGACUGACUACAGGCUAUAGACCCAAUCAGGCUACAGACUGACUACAGGCUAUAGACCCAAUCAGGCUACAGACUGACUACAGGCUAUAGACCCAAUCAGGCUACAGACUGACUACAGCCUAAAGACCCAAUCAGGCUACAGACUGACUACAGCCUAAAGACCCAAUCAGGCUACAGACUGACUACAGCCUAAAGACCCAAUCAGGCUACAGACUGACUACAGCCUAAAGACCCAAUCAGGCUACAGACUGACUACAGUCUAAAGACCCAAUCAGGCUACAGACUGACUACAGUCUAAAGACCCAGUCAGGCUACAGACUGACUACAUCCUAAAGACCCAAUCAGGCUACAGACUGACUACAGCCUAAAGACCCAAUCAGGCUACAGACUGACUACAGCCUAAAGACCCAAUCAGGCUACAGACUGACUACAGCCUAAAGACUCAAUCAGGCUACAGACUGACUACAGCCUAAAGACCCAAUCAGGCUACAGACUAUAUGGAGCCCACAGGCCGCUCUCCCCCAGGCCACGGUCGUAUUCACUAGACACCAAACAGAAGAAACAGGACUGAAACUGGGACUGAGGGACUACCUGAACUUGUCCAAUAAGAAACUAUUUUUUGUUGCAAAAAGGUUUCAUUACGAUGAACACUAAUGAAUAGGACCCUGAACUCAGCCCGUCUCCUCUUCACUCCUCUUCUCUCAUGCCACACAGACAGGACUGAGAAGAAGAAUCUUGUCCCUUGUAAUCCCUGAUUGUUAUUCCUUUACUCUGUCUACAUUAUAAUAACUCUAUGAAAAGAGAGCGAGCCAAACCACCUAUCAAGCUUUUCCACGUGUUUGUGCCGCUUUGCAUUGAAAUCUAACACAAUAUAAACAGGUACCGUUUGGGAGGGAUGUCAUGUGGGGAGGGGGUAGGAGGGUAAAUUUUGUGUUUUUAUAUCAGAUUAUUUAAUACCUGAAAGAUAUUAUUAUUUUAAAGUUACGUUUUUAAACGUAGUGAGUGAAUAUGAACUGUACGUAGUAGAGACCAGGGUUGAUGUGGAGAUGGCUCUGGUCCAGGGUGUUACGUGUGGCAGGUUCAGCUUCAGCAUGCCACACGUAACACCCUGGACCAGAGCUAGUGUAGAGACAGACGUGUGUGUGUGUAUAGGAGCAGUAUACAGGGAGGAUCCCUGGUGUAGUUGGAUAUGGGACAGACAGACACUACUGUAGUUGGAUAUGGGACAUACAGACACUAGUGUAGUUGGAUUGGGGACAGACAGACACUGGUAUAGUUGGAUAUGGGACCAACAGACAGACACUGGUGUAGUUGGAUAUUUGACAGACAGACAGACACUGGUGUAGUUGGAUAUGGGACAGACACUGGUGUAGUUGGAUAUGGGAUAGACAGACAGACACCAGGCUAACACCCCCCAUUUGGUUGUUUGAAAUGGCCGCCUAUUCCCUACGUAGUGCAGAGGGCCCAUAGGGCUCUGGUCUAUAGUAGUGCACUAUAUAGGGAAUAGGGCUCUGGUCUAAAGUAGUGCACUAUAUAGGGAAUAGGGCUCUGGUCUAUAGUAGUGCACUAUAUAGGGAAUAGGGCUCUGGUCUAAAGUAGUGCACUAUAUAGGGAAUAGGGCUUUGGUCUAUAGUAGUGCACUAUAUAGGGAAUAGGGCUCUGGUCUAAAGUAGUGCACUAUAUAGGGAAUAGGGCUCUGGUCUAUAGUAGUGCACUAUAUAGGGAAUAGGGCUCUGGUCUAUAGUAGUGCACUAUAUAGGGAAUAGCUUGCCGUUUCAGACGCAGCCUGUUUCUGUCCAUCCAUCUGUCUGUAGAGUUCACAGAUACAUUGUGUUAAUUCUAUUCAAGAUGUGUGUCAAGAAGUGCUAGGACAGCCAGGUCACGUGACAGAAAAUAUUCUAGAAUGAAGUGAAUGUUCUAGAAGCAUCUUUAGACCAGACCAGAUAGCCAUGUAGCUCCUGAGGGUGGACGUACGGAACGCCGUUUGGGUCAAAAAAGAUACACUUUUAAUUUGACACUUUAAAUGACACAAUUAUAUUAUAGAAUGUUGUGUGCUCUGAAUUUACAUGCGCAAGACAAGCUCACUACUCUUGACGUUUUUCUUGCGCUGUACCCAAUGAUUUAUGAAAACUUGCUCGGUCGGUCGAUGUCCUCAUUGUGGUUUAACAGACGUGUUUAAUACGUACACUUUAUUCAAAUAUUUAUGAAAUGCAUAUUGUUAUAUUUGGUAGCACUUAUUUGUUUUCCCCUCGACUUCAAUCCCAUUCGAUGGAACGGAUGUGGGCGGGGCUAGGUCUACAUAACGGUGCUAAUUUAAAAAACUCACAAAAGCUCCGACGAAGGCCGAUACGUAAAGCUCCGACGCAGGCCGAUACGUAAAGCUUAUUAAAGAGCAGUGUGCAGGUUUCUUAUUUUUUCUUUAAAACACAGCAUUGGUAAUAAGGCAUUAUUUGUUUGACCAAAUGGGAAAACAUCUGCAUGAGCAUUUGAAUUAAGAUCGGGAUCAAACAUGUUAGCUGUAUAGUACAAUAUUCUCCCAUGUAACCAUUCCAUAGGCAAGGGAGAAAGGAUGGUGAUGCUGCCGCCAGCCAGCUAGCCAUAUCCCAAGCAGUUAUACCGGAUUCAUCCUAGCUAGUCAAAAUACUGAAUAAUCAAGGAGGGGGACAUCCAUCAGCUAGCUUUGUUUCUGACCUGUACUUUUCCAGAGCGAUGAGUAUGAGAGUAUGCUUCACGUGGCAGGUGUGCGAGACAACACUUUACCAGCAUCAUAACAUAUGUAUCGGUGAAUAUAUCGCUGUGACAUAUGCAAUACGAGUGGUAGUGUAAUGAACCUCUCCUGCACCAGUGGGACGGUAGCGUCCCACCUCGACAACAGACAGUGAAAUUGCAGGACGUCAAAUUCAAAACAACAGAAAUCCCAUAAUUAAAAUUCCUCAAACAUACAAGUAUUAUCCACCGUUUUAAAGAUAAACUUCUUCGAAAUCCAACCACAGUGUCGGAUUUCAAAAAGGCUUUACUGUGAAAGCACACCAUGCGAUUAUGUUAGGUCAGCGCCUAGUCACAGGAAACCAUACAGCCAUUUUUCCAGCCAAAGAGAGGAGUCACAAAAAGCAGAAAUAGAGAUAAAAUGAAUAAAAAUGAAUCACUAACCUUUGAUGAUCUUCAUCAGAUGGCACUCAUAGGACUUCAUGCUACACAAUACAUGUAUGUUUUGUUCGAUGAAGUUCAUAUUUAUAUCCAAAAAUCUCAGUUUACAUUGGUGCGUUCUGAUUAGAAAUGCAUCAUCUCCAACAGACAUCUGGUGAAAGUGCAGAGAGCCACAUCAAAUUACAGAAAUACUCAUAAUAAAUGUUGGUAAACGAUACAAGUGUUAUUCAUGGAAAUAUAGAUAAACUUCUCCUUAAUGCAACCGCUGUCAGAUUUUCAAAAAAAAUGUCAGCCAAGGAGAGUGUCACAAAAGUCAGAAAUAGCAUUAAAAUGAAUCACUUACCUUUGAUGAUCUUCAUCUGGUGGCACUCCCAGGUCUCCAUAAUGUCCCUUUUUAUGACCAAAAACCUCAGUUUUAUCCAGUAAUCCAUUAAUAGAAGGCGUGUACACUCCAGACAAUAUAUAUUUUUUAAAGUACAGUAAAAGUUAGUAGAAACAUGCCGAUGUUUAAAAUGAAUCCUCCGGUUGUUUUUGUCAUAAAUAAUAAAUCAUAUUUCAACCGGACAAAAGCUUCAUCAAUAGGGAAAGGAGAAACAAGAAGGGUGCUUUCACAAUCAGGGCGCAAGGCUGAUGAAUGGAGAUUUCCACUGGCCACUGAUUGAAAGUGGUGUAUCUCCCUCAUUUUCAGAGUAAAAGCUUGAAACAAUGCCUAAAGACUGGUCACAUGUUGAGGAAGCCAUAGCGAUUGUGAACUAGGUCUUAAGUCUUUGUAUGGUGGAUAGGCUUUCAAUGGAAAAACAGCCUUUCAAAAUAAUAGUACUUCCUGGUUGGAUUUUCCUCGGGUGUUGGCCUGCCAUAUCAGUUCUGUUAUACUCACAGACAUCAUUUUAACAGUUUUGGAAACUUUAGUGUUUUCUAUCCAAAUCUACUAGUUCUAUGCAUAUCCUAUCUUCUUGGCCUGAGUAGCAGGCAGUUUAAUUUGGGCACGCUUUUCAUCCAAAAUUCCGAAUGCUGCCCCCUACCCUAGUGAAGUAAAUGUUUAGUAACUACUUUUUUAAAGUGAUGAACGUUCAAUUAUAAUGUGACUUGCAGUCAUAUUCAGGUCCUGAUUGGUCAACAAGUAGUGUUAUUAGACGUCUUUUUUUUGACACGCAGUGACCCAAACGGCAUUCCAUUUGACACGUAGUGACCCAAACGGCAUUCCAUUUGACACGCACAUUGUUGUUUCACACUAAUGCCUUCUCUUUCAAAUGUCAUUAGGUCCCAAAUUGCACCCUAUUCCAUAUGCCGGCCCAUAUGUCCUGUUCCAGCGGGUUGUUAUUGUACAUCAAGCUGCCUCGAUACAGAAACAGGAGAUUGGCUCCUAUGGUCCUUUCUGGCUCUGACCAGGUUUGCUUAUUUAGUAAGGGAAAGGACUAUUGUGCCCAGUGUUUCAUUUAUAGAUCGAGAGGUGCCGGAACAAAAAGUGAGCUGGAGAGGGGGGUGACCUGGGGAGUUCUGAGGUACCAAGAACAAAAAGUUAUUAACAAAAAGCAUUGCAUGCAGAUCACAUUUGUGGCAUAGAGCAGUAGAGGAACUUACAGGAGACACACAUGGAAAAACAUGUUUAGUAGCCUUGGGUGCAGGAACUGCCUCAUAACCGCAUUUCAUGCCAUUCCUGACAUUGUACCGGACAGGAGACUUUGGCAUAAUUUGUUUUUGAUGCUGCUGUCAAAAGAACUGAGAACUUGGAGCAAAUCUCCGACUUCCAACUUCAGCGUGAUCAAAACAACUGGGGGGAAAAUGAGUUUUGAACGGGCAUCCAACUAGGAACUCUGGCCUCUUUCUAGAGCUCUGACUUUCCGACCUGAAAAUGACUGACGUCAUGAUUCAAUCCUAGUUUUUUCCCCCAGAGUUCCCAGUUGUUCUGAAACCACAGUGUUGUCUUGAAUCCAUCAAUAGCCCGGCCUAGGUGUGUGGAGACACAGUGUUAGGCUACAAUAUGAGGAAGAAAGUAUAGUCCUAAAAAUGCUUUCCAAUUUUACUGACUCACCCCCCAUGAUGCACAGCUCACUCACUGCUGAUGGCUUAUGGGCUCGUGCCAAAAGCCUCUAUCUCUCGUUUUAAAACAAUAUUUGGAAGUUGAUCUAAUAUGUUGGUUGAUUAAUGCAGACAGAGUAUAGUCUUCUCUUUUCAGCAGGAGCCAUUUUCCUUCCAACCAGUGUUUUUCCGUGGUUGUGGUUGGGAACGGACUAGUUUUUAUAUUCUUAGUAGUAAGAAGAGGCUGUAGCAUGAACUAAGACCACAUCUGGCUGUGGUGAUCUGUCUGUCUGUCUGUGUUGUUUGGUUAAAACCAGGCAUGCCCAUUGGUUCAUCUAGUAAGUCAGUACCUAGAAAUCUACAAUCCACGUUGAGGUCAUUAGAGAUCAGCCAAACUGAAAUGAUGUGUAGACUGGAAGGUGAACGUGUGUACUACAUCAUACACAACGUUGUGUAGAGUGGAAGGUAAACAUGUGUACUACAUCAUACACAACGUUGUGUAGAGUGGAAGGUAAACAUGUGUACUACAUCAUACACAACGUUGUGUAGAGUGGAAGGUAAACAUGUGUACUACAUAAUCAUACCUCUGCCUUUUACGUCUGUCAACAGGAAGUGACAUCAGCAGCAUUUAAACAGUUCUGUCCUUAAUUUCAGGUCAAGAACAACAAGAUAAAUGGUGAAAAACAACCUAAACAUUAUUAACUGAAGGUCAAAGGAGCUCUAUAAAGUCAACAAUAUUCUUAGAUACAUUGCUGUAAUGGGGGAAAAUAAAAACCUAAAAUGCAUUUAAACUGAAUAAAAAUUUGCAAAUCAUA